AUGGAGUCAAUCUUUACUAUAUUGCUUAUAAUUAAAGCAAUCAUGAAUUCUUCAAGUGCAGAAGAGACUGCUUGCAGGGUUUAUGGAGAAUUUAAACAUCCACAAAUAUGGAAGGAUGGUCAUAUCAUAAUUGGAGGUAUUUUCACAUUCCAUAAAAAAUGGGAGAUCACCGACUCUUCUUAUUCGGUCAUGCCUGCUAUAAACUGCUUAAGUUUGGAUGUCAGAGCAUUCCAGUAUUCACAGACCCUGAUGUUUGCACUAGAGGAGAUUAACAACAGCUCGUCUUUACUGCCUGGAGUCUCGCUGGGCUUUAAAAUAUUUGAUACCUGUAAUUCUGCAGCGCUGGGUGUGAAAGGAGCAAUGGCACUUUUGAAUGGAAAUGAGAAUUCAAUAUCAGAUCAGGGUUGCACAAAGCCAGCCCAGGUGCAAGCCAUAAUAGGAGAGACAUUCUCAUCGGUGUCCAUGGCUAUAGCAAAGAGUAUCGGACCUUUUAGCAUACCCUUAAUCAGUUAUUAUUCCACCUGUGAGUGCCUCAGCGAUAAACGGAUAUAUCCUUCAUUUCUGCGCACUAUUCCCAGUGAUUAUUACCAGACGUUAGCGCUUGCAGAAAUGAUCAAGCACUUUGGCUGGACCUGGGUGGGAGCAAUAAGGAGAGAUGAUGAUUAUGGUAACAAUGGAAUGGCCACUUUUACUAAAAUCGCAGAACAACUUGGUAUAUGUUUAGAAUACUCCCUUCCAUUUUUUAGAACCUACUCACAAGAAAGAGUUUUAAGAAUUGUUGAGCAAAUUAAAAGUUCCACUUCACGGGUGAUAGUGGGAUUUCUCACUCCAUGGGACCUGGAGAUUUUACUUCAAGUAUUUGCUGAACACAACAUCACUGGAUACCAGUGGGUGGGAAGUGAGGCAUGGAUUGCUGAUUUAAUAGCAACUACUUUGGAUAAGUCAAAUAUACUGCAAGGAGCCAUAGGGCUAGCGAUUCCAAAAGCAACUGUAACAGGCCUAAAGGACUUCAUACUUGAUGUAAAGCCAUUAAAAGCUGUAGGCAGUGGCAUUUUUAUGGAAUUAUGGGAGUCUCUGUUUAGUUGCACAUAUGCAGUGCAGAAUAAACCUGAGAACAUACCAGCCUGCACAGGAGAAGAGAAACUGUCUGAGGUGGAAAAUAACUUCAUUGACAUGUCUUUGAUGCCUAUUUUCAGUAAUGUGUACAAAGCAGUAUAUGCCAUUGCCCACACCCUACAUAAACUUCUUGGCUGCAAAGAAACAUGUCCCGUAAAGAAGCAGCCUGAUCCUUUCACAUUUUUAGAAAGUCUCAAAAAGGUGCGUUUCAAGACGAAGGAAGGUGAAGAAGUUUAUUUUGAUAAGAAUGGUGAUCCUCUGGCAAGAUAUGAUAUAUUAAAUUGGCAAAAUAAAGAAAACCAAUAUGAGUUUGUCACAGUUGGACUUUAUGACUCCUCUUUCCCUGCUCAGGAUCGAAUGGCAGUAAAUAUGGCCUCAAUUGUCUGGGCAAAAAUUCAAAACAGGUUAGUGCCAAAGUCUGUAUGCAGUGAGAGUUGCCCUCCCGGCACAAGAAAAGCUGUACAGAAAGGAAAACCCAUCUGCUGUUUUGACUGCAUACCAUGUGCUGAUGGAGAAAUCAGUAAUAUGACAGAUUCUAUUAAAUGUGAACAGUGUCAGCAAGAUUACUGGUCAAAUCCAGUGAGAGACACAUGUGUAAAGAAGGAAAUUGAAUAUUUAUCCAAUGAAGAAACUAUGGGAAUUUUGUUAACCGCAGUGUCCAUUAUUGGGGCCUUUAUAACAAUAAUGAUAGCAAUCAUAUUCUUUAUGUAUAAAAAUACACCAAUAGUCAAAGCAAACAACUCUGAACUGAGUUUUCUGCUGCUCUUCUCUCUGACUCUUUGUUUCCUCUGUUCAAUUACAUUCAUCGGACAGCCCUCAAAUUGGUCCUGUAUGCUGCGGCACACAGCUUUUGGAAUCACAUUUGUCCUCUGUAUCUCCUGCGUUCUGGGGAAAACCAUUGUGGUGUUAAUGGCCUUCAAAGCUACACUUCCAGGCAGCAAUGUCAUGAAAUGGUUUGGGCCUCUACAGCAGAGACUCAGUGUAGUUGCAUUCACUCUCAUACAGGUUCUUAUUUGUGUACUUUGGUUAACAAUAUCGCCUCCUUUCCCUUUAAAAAAUUUCAUGCACUAUAAGGAAAAGAUCAUUCUUGAAUGCAGUUUGGGCUCAGACAUAGGUUUCUGGGCUGUACUGGGUUAUAUUGGCCUUUUAGCACUUUUAUGUUUUAUUUUAGCUUUUCUGGCUAGAAAACUUCCAGAUAAUUUUAACGAAGCCAAAUUCAUUACAUUCAGCAUGUUACUGUUCUGUGCAGUUUGGAUUACUUUUAUACCCGCUUAUGUCAGUUCUCCAGGAAAGUUCACUGUAGCUGUAGAGAUAUUUGCUAUUUUAGCAUCAAGCUUUGGUUUACUCUUCUGUAUCUUUCUUCCAAAGUGUUACAUAAUCAUCAUGAAGCCAGAGAGGAACACUAAAAAGCAACUCAUGGGUAAAGAGUAA